AUGGCUAAGCCUGAACGCAAAGUAAGUACUUUCUCCACUCCAUGGGGAGCAGUACAAGAGGAUACAGAAUCACCGGACAGAGAAGGAAACGGAAAACCAGAGGAGAGAGACACGCCCUCUACGCCCUUGGAUAACUGCAUGCCUCGAGUUACUGUGUCCACGCAAACAGAUGAUGGCAGUGCCUACUUUGCUAAUGAAACACAUGUGUUCCGCCGAACCGGUAACACAAUUCCUGCCGGCUAUCCGAUGAGGAUCGGAGAUGAAUUCCCGGGUCUUCCAAAUAACCUUGAUGCUGCUCUAUUUUAUUCUCCAUACACGUAUUUUUUCAAGGGAAGUGAAUAUUGGCGGUUUCGAGACCGGGAAAUGGCAGGUACUUAUCCGAGACCAAUGUCCGACUGGGGAGGUGUACCCGACGAUGUUGACGCUGCUUAUGUAUGGAGCCGCAAUGGGAGAAUAUACUUCACUAAAGGAAACCAGUACUAUGCGUACUACCCGGGUUAUGGUGUUACUUCUUACUAUCCUCAACCUUUGAGUCAUUGGAGGGGCCUACCCAGUGAUGGCGUCGAUGCUGCAUUCCAGUAUAGCAACGGAUUUACCUACUUCUUCAAAGGAUCCAAUUAUUACCGGUUUAAUGAUGAUACCGUACAGGUGGAUACCGGUUAUCCGCUUAAUACCGCUGUCCAAUGGCUGGGAUGUAAUCCGAAUGAGCUUGUCGCUCCAACCUCUGAAACAGAAGGCGAUGCGACAGCAAUUAUUCCUUCAUUGUUUGUUAUACUUUUCUCUACUCUUAUCGGUCUAUGUACUUUUUAACUAAGUAAUAUGGUUUUAUAUACGUCAUUUCUCUAUAAUAAAAGCUAAUUUUUGUCCCCUCAGCCCCCCCCCCCCCCCCAUUUCUAGGGGUUAGUGGGCGGGGCCAGGGUGUCACCACAUCUGCCAGAUUCUGUCUUACUACUCAUGCGCACACUUAAAAUUAGGAACCCAUCAUGCAAAAUGGCCGGCGUUUUGCACAAAGUAGGGGGCCUAUUAUAUAGGAACACUAACAUCGAAAACCUUUAUAGGUCAAAUACAGCUAAUUUGUAAUUAUAGCCUACCUAUAAACGUUGAAAAACGACACUUGAAGCUUGGAAAAAUACUUAUUUUAAAUAAGGAAAACAUCGACGACGCUGCAUGUAAGGCUGAAAAUUGACCACUUUCGAUGCUUUUGUGGACGCGCAUGCAUUACACAAUAAUGUGAUGAGCCCCCACCCCCUACCCUAAGCACUUUCUACAAAUCACCGAAUAGUAUUGAUGGUCAUAACAUAAAAAGCACAUUCUGUGGGGAAUGUCUUUUUUUUUUAAAUACUAAUUAUCCUCAAACUUAUUCAAUCAUGGCAUAAUCAUUCUCACAUUUUUUUUAUUGAAGAAAAACCCUUCAAAUAUAACCGAGUCGAACUAAAUCAUUAUGCUCGAUACUUGAUAGGAUUCAUUUCCAUUUUCUGAUUCCAUUUAAUAUUCUAAUUAAAACUCAUUGCACCGCACUCGUUGCGUUGGCCUAUUCUGUGGAAUAAUAUGGAAGCGCCGUGGUGUAGCGGUUCUGACUCUCGCCUUGUAAUCAGAGGGUCGUGUGUUCGAAUCCCACCAUGGCCUAGCGCCACACUUUGCCACUCUCACCCAGGUGCUAAUUGGGUACCGGUAGGAAACAACCAUCAUUGUGGUUGGUUUAGCAAGUUUGCGCCUAACAGGCUGCUUGGAUUGCUAUGAAUCCAGUGACCGGGUAAUAAUAAUUGUGAAGCGCUUUGAACAGUCGUAGAUUGAUAAAGCGCUAUAUAAAUGCCAAUUAUUAUUAUUAUUAUUAUUAUUAUUCUUGAAUACAAAGCAUAUAGUACACAGUAUUUUACAAAGUACACGCACACAGUAUUUUAUGUUCAAAAGAACAGUAUUAUUAUAUCGUUGUCUUUUACUUGACAUGUUUGAAUGUUUGAGUAUUAUUAUGCAUCAUAUUAUUAUGAUAAAUUGUAAAUUAAAGGAGAUGAAUAAAUAUUGUACAGUGAGAUCAAUGUCUGUUGAUGAAUUAUUAAUUAGUAUUUAAUGAAACUAUUUGAAUUCAAAUGAUUUGACAUUACUGGUAUACUUGCAAUUCAAACCAAUAGACACAAGAAUAUACAGGUAUACAGUGCUAUACAAGGGGGCCGCCGUUUUCAAUGCCCUGUUCAAGUAGUAAAAAAAAAUGGAGGGGAAAAGGGAAGGAAAGCUAUUAAAAGAGGGGGCCAGAGUCGUGUAACUCUUACCACAUUUAUUCCAUUGAAAAACGAAGACGUCAUCUCUAGGUCACCCCCCCCCCCCAUCAUUGAAAUACAAAUGUUUAUAAAUUGUUUGUUUGAUUGAUUCUUUGGCCUAUUCUUGAAUACAAAGCAGUACUUUUGAAGCACAAACUAUUUUUGUUCAAUAUAUAGCAGUAUUAUAUAGUUGUCUUUUAUUUGACACGUUUGAAUGUUUGAGUAUCAUUAUGCAUGAUAUUAUAAUGAUGAAUUGUAAAUUAAAGAAGAUGAAUAAAUAUUGUACAAUGAGA